AUGGCAGAGGUUGAAGAACCGGAGAAGCUUGAACCCCAAAACCCCUCCGAUCCCUCGCCGCCUGCUCCUGAGGUCGUCAAGGAAAAACCGAUAUUCCACCACCUCCGACUCAAGAAAACCCUGCCCCCGUCCAAAAGGCAGAGACGGAGCAAAAAAGCACGAUGGGUCUAUACUGUGCUGGCUAGAGUUGCGACUGAGAAGCGAAUUUCACUAGUCAAAGCUCGGGAAGAGAGCGAGAAAAGCAAAGCUGAGAACAAAGCUCAAAAGAAGCUUUCAUCUUUAGCGGCAUGGGCGAACAGCAAGAAAGCAGCUCUGGAGGCCGAGUUGAAAAAGAUUGAGGUAUUAUCAAUUCAAGAGCAGAAGGCGGAGUAUGUGGAGAAAAUGAAGAACAAGAUAGCCUUAAUCCACAAGGAAGCAGAAGAGAAGAAGGCAAUGGUUGAAGCCACGCGUGAAGAUGUUCUCAAGGCGGAAGAGUUGGCAGCGAAGUACCGAGCCACCGGAACUACUCCCAAGACCAUUUUUGGUUGCUUUUGA